AUGGGACAUAAUCCUCAUAAGAGGAAGCUCCGUGAUGCGCUAGAGCGGAUAUGGAACACAGUAAAGGCUCGGUACCGCGAGAACCCGGAUAUGUCUGGAGAAGAGUUAUACAGCAUUUCUUGUGAGAUUGCUAAGCAGGAAGGCUGGGAUUUCGGUGCUGAUAUUGCCGGUCAUCUGGUUGGGUCGUUCCCUCAUGAGCGGAUUCCGCGAGACCGGACGUCUCUCUAUAUCACCAAGGGCAAUAACGAGUCAAUGGGUCUGUCUGGUCGUGAUGGAUCCAAGCGUCAUUGA